AUGGAGAGUUCUUCUAAGCUACCCCUUAAUCUCUGCCAUGUCCACAAACUUUCAAUCGUCAUCAACCAGACACAUAUAUUCUUCCACUCUAUAGCUUUAGUCUUCUUACUUUACUACAGAGCUUCUUUCUUCUUCUUCCAAGACUCUACCAAAACCAAAGCAACCACCGUAGCAUGGCUUCUUGUGUUUGUCUCAGAAAUCCUCCUAUCCUUCGAGUGGCUCCUCGGCCAGUCUUCUCGGUGGCGUCCCGUUUCGCGAAUCGCGUUCCCGGAGAGGCUGCCUGCCGAUGAUAAGCUCCCGGCUGUUGAUGUGUUCAUCUGCACUGCGGAUCCGGAGAAGGAACCGACUGUGGGGGUGAUGAACACUAUGUUAUCUGCCAUGGCAAUGGACUAUCCGCCAGAGAAACUUCAUGUGUAUCUGUCCGAUGAUGGUGGUGCUGCUGUGACUUUGAAGGAAGAGGAAGAUGCUGAUUUUGGCGGCAGCGAGUUCAUUCAAGACAGAGAAGAUAUUAAGGAGAAAUAUGAGGCAUUCAAGAAAAAAGUAAAAGCAACGGUUGGAGACACAAGGAGCGGACCGAGUCGAGAUCACCCUGCAGUGAUUGAGGCUACCCAUGCAGAGCUCCAAAUAGUCCAAAACCCACUACUACAACAACCAAUAUUAAUUCUUCUCAUAGCAAAAGCUUUGGGGGGCCUGAACUUGGCUAGAUAUACUUUUCAAACGAGGAGCCAAGUUGAUAUCCUUGAUGAUGGAUAUCGAUGGAGGAAGUAUGGUCAAAAAGCAGUGAAGAAACAUUUUUCUAAAAUGGAAGUAAGCCACUAA